GUCUUGCAGUUAUUUUAUAACCCCCCCUCCACACACACACACUCCCAACCCUCCUGGCUUCUUAUUCUUGCAGGACUAUAAAUCCAGGAUUUACAUAUUGUCUCCGAUCUCUGGCCUUGGGGGGUGUUAGUGGGCAGGCAUUGGGGGUGGGAAAGGGUAAAUAGACAACCUGUUUGCAGCUGCAUGCCAGACCCGGCAAGAGGAGAAGAGAAGGUGGGUGGGAGAAACAGCUUCUAAAGGAGCAGGGAAAAGAUCUGCACACCAGACUUAUAAAUACAGGAACAAGAACAGUAAAGGAAGAGGAACUGUAGGACAACAUGAAGGCCUCUCUGUUCCAGCCAGGCUUGCUGUUCCUCCUCCUCCUUGUUCACUUGCCCACCUCACAAGGACAGGCCAUCAACCCUGAAGCCCGGCAGCCACAACACUGCGAAGAUAGCCUCCCAUUAGACUGUGAAGACAUUUAUGACCAAGGCUCUGAGACAGAUGGCGUGUACCUUAUUUAUCCUGCGGGCCCCAAUAUCCCUGUGCCUGUGUACUGCGAUAUGACCACCGACGAUGGAAAAUGGACGGUUUUCCAGAAACGAUUCAAUGGUUCAAUCAGUUUCUUUCGGGGAUGGAAUGACUAUCGGUUUGGCUUUGGCAGAGCAGACAGUGAAUACUGGCUGGGGCUGCAAAAUAUCCACCUCCUGACCCUGAAGCAGAAGUAUGAACUACGUGUGGAGCUGGAGGACUUUGAGAACAGUACGGUCUUUGCCAGAUAUACAGACUUCUCACUGUCGCCACAAGCUAUCAGUGCAGAAGAGGAUGGCUACACACUGCAUGUAUCUGGCUUUAUUGAUGGGGGAGCAGGCGACUCAUUGACCUACCACAACGGCCAGAAGUUCUCCACGUUUGACCGGGACCAAGACCUUUUUGUGCAGAACUGUGCGGCGCUGUCUUCGGGUGCCUGGUGGUUCAAGAGCUGUCAUGUUUCCAACCUGAAUGGCUUCUACCUUGGUGGGGCCCACCUCUCCUAUGCAAGUGGCAUUAACUGGGCCCAGUGGAAGGGCUUCUACUAUUCCCUCAAGAGAAGUGAGAUGAAAAUACGCCGUGUCUGAGAGACGAGGUGGCCUCUCCCAUUCCUCCUUUCCAGUGGCCUUCCGAAGAUGAAUUUCCAUUGAAACAAAAACCAAAACAACACACUAUAUUGUGGAUAAGGUUGUGGAACUGGGAUUGAGCAGGUGGGGACUAGGGCUGUGAUGGAACUAAAGCCAUUGCCAACACAAACAAAUUUUACCUUGUCAUAAACUUGUACUGUGCUGAAAUCUGUCUUCUAAUUCCUUGAAAAUUUUCUUUCUCAAAGAAAGAUGCUUGCAUUUUUCUGCCUCUUUCUCAGUGCACUUCAGAAAGUAUUUGCAGUUACGGUGAGUUGGGGUUGAGCUUACUUACUCUAUCAUUCAUUGCAAAGGUGGCCAGUAGUGGUGGGGUUUUUUUGGUUUCAAUCAAUUUCUCCAGCACUCUGUGGCCCUCUUGCCUGUCUGUGCUUCCUGAUCUGAAAAAGCCACAUGGGAGGAGUUAUCUCAUGAUUUCUUUCCUUGGGCUUAAGUCAAACUGGAGGAAGCUGAGGAGGGUGGCUACCAACUGCAUGAAACUGGUCUGUCCUUUUACCUUAAAAUCAAAACACAAUGCCACAACAUCCACAUAAGGAUCACUUUAAAAAUAAAAUAAGAUGUUACUUUAAAAACAUCAACCAUCAGGCAGCUAUCGUGGGCAUGGUAGACAACCUCUACAAUUUCUAGUGCUUUCAGGAAACCUCACCCAAGGAAGUCAUGAGAUGCUCAGGAAGUACAGACUACAGAUUGCAGACCACCAGAGGGAUGUUUUGUAGAAAAGGAAGAAAUAAGGCCAUGUCAAAAGUCAUGUGAGUGCAACAAAACUCCCACACCACACUAUUAAAGAUUUCACCCAAAGUCUGAUCAUUUUCAAAUGCAAUUUCUUUUUACAAAAAAAACAGACAAUCAUUUUAAAAAGAGCUCUUUUUUUGCACAGCAUUGUUUCAAACCUGUUUAACUGCCAUGAAGGUUUUCUAAUACUCUCAGAAAAUGAUUCUCAGAGCUCUUUGGGAAACAGUGAAGCUACUCUGAAACUCACAAGAGAAACAUACCUAAAUCUGCUAAGGGGAAGAGACGAUCUUCAUUUUGUUUAAGGCCAGGAUUGAGAGUCUGCAGCACAGAUGACUGGAUUAGCAUUCAAACCGAGAGUGAUAAAAUGAUGGGAAGAGGGGAAGAACACAGGCAAAAGCAGCCCAACCAGUUUUCCAAGUUUAAGAAUAAUUAUAAUCCUUUGUACCCCUUUGGUUUUUACUUUGAAAUAAAGCCACAUUCUCUGAAACUGA